AAUUUGAUUAUGAUGAGGGCGAGAGAAAGUUGGAGUCUUUUUUAUAACUUCAACAAAUACAAAUAAAAGAACUUUCUAGUAUAUAUUGCUAUUGUUGGUGAAGAAGGAUCUGAAUCAAAGGUUAAUAUGGGAGCAUGUGUGUCAACUCAACAAGGUGGUUGUGUUGGUGGAAGGUUCAAUUCUUCUAAGAAGAAAAAUAGAAAAAGAAGAAGAAUUGUUGGAUUAAAGAGAAGAGUUUCUUCUAAGCUUUCAUCAUCUUUGGAUAAUAAUCAACUUGAUUUGCCAAGUUUGCCUCAACAUUCAUUUUCCAACCCAACUUUUCAAGGAAAUAUUGAAGAGGCAUGGUUCGAUUCGGUUACAAUGUUUGAUUCCGACUGCGAUGAUGAUUACCAGAGUGUUCCUGAUGAUGUUCUAUCUCCGAAUAGAAUUGAAGGCGGAUCUGUAUCAAGUUUUCCGUCUUCAAGAGAGGCUACCAACCAUAGAGUUUCAACUGAUCAAGUGCAGAAACCGAUUAUUUCCGAGGCUGCAAGAAGUUCAGAUGUUCAACAUUUUGGUGUAGAUGGAAAUAUAAUUGAAGUAAAUGAACCUGUGUUCCUCGACGACAUUUCCUCAGUUGAUGCAAAUUCUAAUAAGGACGAAGGAAUUUUGGACAACUGCGGCAUUCUUCCAAACAAUUGUCUACCAUGUCUCGCAUCUACCAUUCCUUCUCUCGAAAAAAGAAGAUCAUGUUCAAGUCCUCCUAAUUCAAAGAAAAAGGCUCUUCCAAAACUAUCUACUCGAUUUUCAUCGAAAACACUUCUGCAAAGACCAAUUGCAGGUUCUCAAGUACCAUUUUGUCCAAUUGACAAGAAAAUGCUCGAUUGUUGGUCACACAUUGAACCGGGAAGUUUCAAAGUCCGAGGCGUAAAUUAUUUCAAGGACAGAAAGAAGGAGUUUGCUCCUAACUAUUCUGCAUAUUAUCCAUUUGGUGUUGAUGUUUUCUUAUCUCCACGAAAAGUGGACCAUAUAGCUCGGUUUGUCGAACUACCUUCUGUUAGUUCCUCUGCCAAAUUUCCACCAAUUCUUGUUGUAAAUGUUCAGAUUCCGCUUUACCCUACGACACUUUUUCAAGCUGAAACUGAUGGUGAAGGAGCGAGCUUCGUUUUGUACUUUAAACUUUCGGAAAGUUACGCCAAGGAACUUCCUCUACAUUUUCAAGAAAACAUCAGAAAAUUGAUGGACGAUGAAGUUGAAAAGGUAAAGGGUUUUCCGGUAGACACAAUUGCGCCCUUUCGAGAACGGUUAAAAAUACUAGGCCGUGUUGGCAAUAUCGAAGACCUUCAUUUAAGCGCAGCUGAAAGGAAACUCAUGCAGGCUUACAAUGAGAAACCUGUUCUUUCACGUCCGCAACACGAGUUUUACUCGGGAGAAAAUUACUUUGAGAUUGAUAUAGAUAUGCAUAGAUUUGGUUAUAUCUCAAGGAAAGGGUUUGAAGCAUUCAUGGAUAGAUUAAAAAUCUGCACUUUAGAUAUUGGCCUUACAAUUCAGGGGAACAAAGUUGAGGAGCUGCCAGAACAAGUUUUAUGUUGUAUUAGGUUAAAUGGCAUUGACCACUUGAAUUACCAACAACUAGGGUUAACUCAAGAUCCACCACUCUAAUAUUAUAAUUGCAAAAGCAUUUGCAUGUCUUGGAAUUAAUGAUUAAUAAUGGUAAUUUCAAGAUGAGUUUUCAAUGCAA